CAUCUGAUCACAGUCAUCACCGUGCCGGUGACCGAGUUCCGGUCUCUUCUCAACUCGGAACUCAUUCCUUCCCCCAUUUCGAUUUUUUCUUCUUCUCUUCAUAUCACAAAUUCAUUUUCCCUUCUUCGUUUGGCUCAGAUUGGACAUUGGACGAAGGAAAUUCCAGAAUUGACUAACCAGAAAAGAGAAUGGGUUCGGAAUUGAUUUUCAGAGGGCACGAGACCCAACCAGUGAACGAUGCCUACUCGCCGAAGCCGCACAAGCCAUGGCUCUCCGUGACUCGCCCGAUUCGCUACAUGCUCCGUGAGCAGCGACUCGUCUUCGUCCUCGUCGGCGUCAUCAUAGCCUCCUUGUUCUUCACACUCGUGCCUUCCUCCUCCUCUUCCUCAUCGUCCUCCUCACGCGCUGCUUCGUACGAGGCGCUUCCGAUCUCAUACUUCGAGCGCGAGUCGAGGCAGCCGGUGUAUCAGAACCGUAUGGCGGCGGUGCAUUCGGUGGGGAAGGUGCCGUUGGGGAUUAAGAGAAAGGGGCUCCGGAUCGUGGUAACGGGCGGGGCGGGUUUCGUCGGGUCGCAUCUUGUGGAUCGGUUGAUUGCGAGAGGGGACAGCGUGAUCGUUGUGGAUAAUUUCUUCACGGGAAGGAAAGAGAACGUGAUGCACCAUUUUAGUAACCCUAGAUUCGAGCUCAUCCGACACGACGUCGUUGAGCCUUUGUUGCUGGAGGUUGAUCAGAUCUACCAUCUCGCUUGCCCCGCAUCCCCUGUUCAUUACAAGUUCAACCCAGUCAAGACUAUCAAGACCAAUGUGGUGGGGACCCUAAACAUGCUGGGGUUGGCUAAGAGAGUGGGGGCUAGGUUCUUGCUAACCAGUACCAGUGAGGUUUAUGGAGAUCCUCUGCAGCACCCUCAGAAGGAGACUUAUUGGGGCAACGUCAAUCCCAUUGGUGUCAGAAGCUGCUACGACGAGGGAAAGCGCACGGCGGAGACGUUGACCAUGGAUUACCACCGAGGAGCCGGUGUCGAGGUUAGAAUUGCUAGAAUCUUUAACACCUACGGGCCCCGCAUGUGCUUAGAUGAUGGCCGUGUUGUUAGUAACUUCGUUGCUCAGGCAUUAAGGAAGGAACCUUUGACGGUUUACGGGGAUGGGAAACAGACAAGGAGUUUCCAGUAUGUUUCUGAUUUGGUGGAAGGUUUAAUGCGCCUUAUGGAAGGAGAACAUGUGGGACCUUUCAAUCUUGGAAAUCCGGGUGAAUUUACCAUGCUUGAACUUGCCAAGGUGGUCCAAGAAACAAUCGACCCAGAUGCUAAGAUAGAGUACAGGCCCAACACAGAGGAUGACCCGCACAAGAGAAAGCCUGAUAUAAGUAGGGCUAAGGAGCUACUUGGCUGGGAACCCAAGGUGGACCUGCACAAGGGCCUCCCUCUAAUGGUUUCUGACUUCCGGCAACGCAUUUUUGGUGACCAGAAGGAAGGUGCAACCUUCGCCUAAUUAUUGCUUGGAGUGUGUUAUGUGUACACCUUAGAGUGAAAAAGGGAAAAGAUAGUAGUCCGAGGAUAACAGUUAGGGUGUUUCCCAUCCCCCCAAAGGUCCAUUAGUCACAGCAACAUGAGACUUUAUUGUUCCUUGUGUCGUUUGUUCUCCGUCAAUCUUUAUAUGCGGGUUAUUACCCUCUUUCAUGAUUGGUAGCCAGCCAUGAUUUCAUUUAUCAAAUUCCUGCCAUCUAUAUUUUAUUUUUAUAUAUAUUUUUUUUCUUUUUGGGAUGUAAUUGGUAUGUUCGAGAGGCUACAGUUAUAGUAAUUUGACAUUUUACCUUCACUUAUUCUAUUUUACUCGAACU